GUAGGAAAUUCACAGGAGGAUAUAAAUGAUGUGGACUUUAUUGUUUUCAGACCAACAUCUCAAAUCCAAAACCAAACAACAACAACAACAAAACAUGGAAAAACCAAGCACCUGCAGUCUCAUUCUAUCACAAAUGCUCUCUCCAGUGUUCUGUUGUAAGCAAUGGAUCCUGCAAAGCCUUUUUGGUAUAUGUGAUCAUAGCAAAAUAUUCUCAUAUGUUGAUGAAAAUAUACCUCCAUGUCUCUACUCUUUAUGUUCCAACACUAGAUGUAAAGCCCUAGUUAUAUCCUCACACAAAGGCUGCAUGGAGCCCAGCAUGAACAUGGCUUCUCACAAAAAUCUCAUUAGAUUCCUAAAUCAAGCAUAUCAUUGUUGCUGGAAUUUCCAACCCUAGUAAGCCCAUAUAAAGAACACACAAUCCAGUUAUUAUAAACUAACCCCUAUAUUCGAAAGUGAUUGUAGGUUGCCAGUGCCCUGGUCAUUGGUACUGAAGGGAGAGGAUGCAGAAAGUCUUUCCCCAUGUUUGGAGGACCCAACCUUAUCCUUGCCAAACCUUGGUGCUUUCCCACAUUGCCCACUGCCUGUCCUUCUAAAAAAAAAAUAAUAAUUAAAGCUAUAUGCCUAGAUUGGGCAGAUCUAGCACUCUACUAACUUGUUCCACAGCUAUGAGACUCCUUGUUAUUUGUGGUUUCUCUUGGCCAGGUUGUUCUGGUCCAGUGUGGCUUCCCCUUUUUCACUGUCCUCUCUUCCCCUCCUGUUCUCCCUCCCCUCUCCCACCUAUCCCCUACUCUUAAACAUCCAGUCCUUUCUUUUUCCUCUUAUGUCUAAUCACCAGCUCUAGCCAUUAUGGGCCACUUACAAUUCAAUGUUCCAAGGGGAAGCUUACUGACUGCCCAUGGGAGGACAGAAGUCUGAUCCAGAGCAGAGACUGGCAAGUGGACAGAAAACAAUGAUGAUUUCAGAGCAGUGGGAAAAGGAGAGGAGGCAGGUUUUGAUUUGAUAAGUUAAUAGAAACUUGUUGGGUAGAAAGAAGAAACUAAUAUUAAAGGUGAUGUUUUUGUUGUUUUCAUUGAUAAGUCAGAAGUUUCUUUAAAAUACAUAUGACAUCACCUGAACUGUGGGGCAACCCUUCUUGAAGAAGCAGAAUUAACACCAGAAUACUAACAGCACCAGGCCAACCCACCACUCUUCUUUACUAUCAAAGCAGAAACAGCCCUCUCUAGGUUUCAUUUUCUCUAAGCUGGAAGCUUGCCAGUUUCACUCAGGAAUUGAGGGCGUGGCAAACUGAUAAUCCUUCCAUAUAUAAAUGCCUUGCUCAUCCUAGACCCCCUAGAAUGCCUUUGAGUUUGGAAGAGUCUCUUGGCCUGAAUUAAAGUGCUAUGGAACAAGUUCUUUCUCCCAGCACCAUGAGUGAAGAAUCUCGUAGAAAUCUCAUACAUGACAGCCUGGUUGAGCUGAGAUGCCACUUUACUUGGGAGUUGGUUAUAAAAGAUGACUACAUGCCUGAUUUGGAAACAAAAAUCUUGGAGACUGAGUUCUUUGAUACCGACUACAACAUGGGAAUGCACAACCUCAUGGCCUACGUGAGACACCUGAAAGGUGAGCAGGAGGAAGCCCUGCAGAGCUUGAAAGAGGCUGAAGCCUUGAUCGAGGGAGAGCAGUUGGGCAAGAGAAGCCUGGUGACCUGGGGCAACUGUGCCUGGGUGCAUUACCACAGGGGCAGCUUGGCAGAAGCCCAGAUCUACCUGGACAAGGUGGAGAAUGUUUGCAGGAAAUUUGCAAGUCCCCUCCGCUACAGGAUGGAGUGUGCUGAGAUAGACUGUGAGGAAGGCUGGGCCUUGCUGAAGUGUGGAGGAAGUAACUAUACGCGAGCCAUGGCCUGCUUUGCAAAGGCUCUGCAGGAGGAACCAGAAAACCCUGAGUACAACGCUGGCUAUGCAAUCACAGCCUUUCGCAUGGAUUUCUCUAAUGAGAUUUCUCUAGAACCUCUAAGGAAGGCUGUCAGGUUAAAUCCAGAAGAUCCACACCUUAAAGUUCUCCUUGCUCUAAAGCUUCAGGAUUUAGGAAAACAAGAUGAAGCACAAAAAUACAUUGAAGAAGCUCUGCCCAAAAUACCCUCCCGAAACAAUAUCUUUGGAUAUGUAGGCAAAUUUUACCGAAGAAAAGGUUGUGUGGAAGAAGCUCUCGAGUUCCUCGAAAGAGCCUUGAAGACAAAACCUUCCUCUGUCUACUUGCAUUUCCAGAUUGGCCUUUGCCAUAAGAGCCGAGUGUUUCAAAUAAAGGAAGCUACAAACAUGCACCCUAAGGGGAGGGAUAGAGAAAGAGCAGACCAAUCCAUUCGUUCUGCUCUAUAUUAUUUUGAAAAGACUUUAGAUCUGAAACCCACAUAUGAGAGAGCUUAUAUUGAUCUGGCUGAAAUGUAUGCAGAAUCUAAACAAUUUGAAGAGGCAGAGGAAGCUUUUCAGAAAGUGUUGAGCAUGGUGAGUGACUUGGAAGUUCAUAUGCAGCAAGAGAUUCAUUUCCGCUACGGCAAGUUCCAACAAUUCCAUAUGAGAUCAGAAAAUACAGCCAUCACCCAUUACUUAAAAGGCCUGAAAAUAGAGGUGACUUCUACAUUCAGGGAUAAACUUCUCAAGGCUUUACAGAAGCUGGCUGAAAGACGCAUGGAGCGGAAUGUUCAUGUCCUGGAAAGCUUGAGCCUCCUUGGGUUUGUCUACAGACUGAAAGGGGACACAAGUAAAGCCAUGUCAUGCUAUGAGAAGGCCCUGAGGCUCACAGAAGAAUUGAACCCCGAGUUUUGAGGUACAGGUUAUGAAGUGGCUUACAACUGUGGGCAUGACUCCCUAUUCUACUAUUCUGUUGUAGCUCUUGCCUUAAAUAUAAAGAGUUGAAUGAAGCAAGAUGCAGAUGAUGCCUUUUUUUGUAUCUUGCCUUUCUA